GCCCGGCCCGAGCCCGGCCCGGCCCCGCCCAUGAACAGGUCUACUUCGGAAUAGAGGGGGGUUGUAGUGGUAUUUUGGUUUUAGUUCUGGGUUUCAGCGGUUGGAUAUUCUACAUACAGGGUGUUAGGAGGUUUUUCUUUUUGUGAAGGGGGUUCAAAGUCAUUUCCCCGACCAUUAAAGUAUGUUCCGUCACCACAUACGUCACCACAACUGUUGUAAUCUUCUUAAAUAGCCACUCACUACUCACCACCCAGUACCCACUUGUCACUACUACCACUCUACCAGGUACCAGCAGCCAAGCACGAGUGCUCGACAACACACAGGAGACUUAUGGGUGAAAGGCCAAACCACUUUCUUCUCGUCACUCUGCCAAUGCAGGGCCAUAUUAAUCCAACUCUCCAAUUCGCCAAACGCCUCCUGCGCACCGGUGCACAAGUUACCUUCGCUAUCAGCUUCUCUGCUUACCGGCGCCUGAUGAAAAGUUCCACACCCAUCCAUGGCUUGACCUUCGCCCCCUUCUCAGACGGCUUCGACGACGGUUAUAGAGUCUUCUUCGACGAACCAUCGGAGUUCAAACUCCGGGCCUCACAGGCUCUCGCCGACCUGAUUCUGGCCGCUUCUAAAGAACACCGCCCAGUUACUUGCUUGAUAUACACUCUCCUACUGAGUUGGGCAGCUGAUGUGGCUAACAACCUGGGCGUCGCCUCUGCUCUUCUCUGGAUUCAGUCUGCCGCUGUCUUCGAUAUCUACUAUCACUACUUUAAUGGCUUCCGCGAGCUCAUAGCGAAUAGUGAGGAUGAUCCCUUGUCUUCAAUAGAAUUACCUGGACUGCCCCGCCUCACCAGCCAAGACGUUCCAUCUUUUUUACUUCCUUCAAAUUUUCUACCUCUCGCUGUUCCAGGGUUUCAAGAACAAUUUCAGAGCUUUGAGAGGGAAACCAAGAUACAAGUGCUCAUCAACACGUUUGAUGCUAUGGAGCCUGAAGCACUGGGAGCCAUCGACAAGAUUAAUAUGAUCGGCAUCGGACCAUUAAUCCCGUCGGCCUUUUUGGAUGAUGAAGACCCUUCUGACAAAUCCUUCGGUGGAGAUCUGUUCCAUGGUUCGGGGGACUACAUCGAGUGGCUAAACUCGAAGCCGGAUUCCUCGGUGGUUUAUGUAUCGUUCGGGAGCCUUGCUGUGCUGCAAACGGAGGAGAUUGCAAAUGGGUUGUUAGAAAGUGGUCGUCCGUUCUUGUGGGUGAUACGGCUAAAUAGAAAUGAAACAGGAGAAGAGACGAUGUUGGGUAGAUGGGAAGAGCUGAAGGAACGAGGGUUGAUCGUCCCAUGGUGUACUCAAGUGGAGGUUCUGUCUCAUUCAUCGGUGGGAUGUUUUGUGACGCACUGUGGAUGGAAUUCGACAUUGGAGAGUCUGGUUGCCGGGGUUCCGGUGGUGACGUUGCCGCAAAUUUCAGAUCAGACGACGAAUUCGAGGUUAAUUGAAGAUGUUUGGAGGACAGGGGUGAGAACGAAGGUGAAGACAGAGGAGGGAAUAGUUGAGAGUGGAGAAAUUAAAAGAUGCUUGGAUUUGGUGAUGGGAAGCGAGAGUGGGAACGAAAUGACAAGGAAUGUAAAGAAAUGGAAAGAAAUGUCCAAAGAGGCCGUGAAGGAUGGUGGUUCUUCGGAUAAGAACCUUAAAAGGUUUUUGGAGGAGAUAGUCAUGACUGGAAUCUGAAGUCUGAAGACUUUUUUCACGGCACGGCAAGUAGAUGGGUCUUGUUGAUUGGUUUAACAUCAACAAAAGACAACAGUCAGCUCUCUCUCUCUCAGAUAAUAUUACAGUCAGAUUUAAUACAACUGUCAUCUCUUCCCGAGUUGGUCACAUUGUUUCUGUUUUUCUCCGUCUCGUGUAAAUCGUUCAAAUUAUUUAGUAGCUCAUUUUCUUGGUAGCAGAUGCUGUCAAAGAGUGUGUGGAGCAGAUGCCUUUCCAUUGUUAAAUCAGUUUCUUCCCAUGCUUUAUCCUU